CUUGAUCGUUAUAGCUAUCUAGCAAGAUCAGCACAGCCUGCAUCAGUAUUCUUCGAGCAUUCGUUAUGCUGCGAUACUCUACCUGAGCGUUACUAAGGGCAGUUCAGAAACCACAGCUAUGUCCGGGGCCAAUGUCUUUCUCCUGCGACAUGCUGAAUUCCCAGCAUAACGUUGACCAAAACUUUCAACGGCUUGAUCCUCCAUUAACGGAAUCUGGGACUAAAGCUGCGGAACAACUGGGCUCGUCAUUCCCGGAACCAGAUUCUGUGGGCGUUGUCAUGUCGUCCCCGUCGCGACGCGCGAUUCAGACUGCGUUUUCUAUAUUCCGCAACGUCCUCGACCGGCGCUAUUUUGACCCAGCAAGUGGGAACGGGGUCGAAGCAGGCGCGGUCUUCAUUGUAGACCCAGAUGCGCAGGAGCGGAGUGCCCUCCCCUGCGAUACCUGUUCAACUCGAGAGUCCCUGCAACAAAGUUUUCCUUACAUCGACUUCUCGCCCCUGUCAGAUGCGGAGGACGCAACAUGGAGGUCAAAGACGGGCUCCUAUUCUGAGCACGACGAGGCUGUCAAUAUGCGAGCGAUGAGACUUCGAGAGACGUUGGAAAAGCUGGUAGCAUCUUGCGAAAAAUCCUCGAGGCCAAAUGUGGCUUUGGUCACGCAUGGUGUUUUUAUGAAGGCUCUGACAGACGAUAGCAGCAUUGACCUACCGAGACCUGGUUGGGCUGCGUACCGUAUUGAAAAAGAUGACGUCGGCAAUGUUGUCCUUGUUGCUGCGGAUUGAAAAGGAUCGAAUUGCGCAAGAUGGGGUCAUUCCGUACUCUCGAGGGCUCCAACAUGUUAGACCGGUUGCUGUAAAUUACGACUGCGUGAAGGGCUCCGGCAGUUGGACAUGUUUGCCACACUAUUGGACAGUUGAAUGCGCGCGAAUGCCGACCACGAUACGGCCGGCUUGAUGGAUCAUCUGCAAUCCCAGGACAUUGUUUGUAUGCCGUUUCACGCCGCCGUCAUACAC